AUGGGAGCCAGACAAAGUAAAAGAUCUGUUGACAUAUCUGCCGGAGCCACAAAAGCAGAAAAAGUUGCAGCUGGAGAACCUUUGGAAAAUGGAACAAUUACAACUGCUUCUGUUGACGAAAAACAAGUGGUUGAGGCAAAUGGUGGAGUAGAAGAAACAACAAAACAGAAUGGAUCAACACCCCACAUAGAUGAAAAGGAAACUGCUGAAACCGAAGAUGUCAAAGAACCUGUUAAAACUGAAGUGGAAAUAACCGAAGUUGUGGCACUGAUUUCUGAAGCUAAUGGUGAUGUGGAGACUAUUGCCGAUGAGUUGUCUAAAACUGGAACUGACGAAACAGCUACAGAAGAGGUUCAAGCAUCUGCAGAAAAGAAGCGCAAGAAGAAGAAAUCCUGGUCGUUCAGAAGCAUCAGUUUCUCUAAAAAAGAUAAAUCCAAACCAACAGUUAAGGAAACAGCCGCUGUUGACGUAAAAACCGAAACAGUUGAAGAGGUAAGAUACAAUCAAAUUAAAAAUGUUUAA